ACAAAUAAUUUGACAGAACAUUGUUAUUAUUUGAUUCAUUGUUUAUUUCGAUAUCAUUCAAUAUCCGAAAUAACCACACAAAGAACAAUGGACCGAUCGUUCUUUAAACAUUGAACGCAAUAAGCAAAUCUGCCAGUGAUAAGAAAUCUACGGGUGUUUACAAGUGAAAUUUUUACAAUACUCAUACAAUUAUCUAUUGUAAUUUAUUUAUAUUAGUGAAUAUGAAGUUUCUUAUAUUAUUUUGCAUUAUCUGUGAUUUUUUUGUAACAAUUUUUGGUUAUAAACCAGUGUUUCUGCUUCACGGAAUCAUGACAGGCAGUGCUAGUAUGGAAAUUAUUAAAGGUCGAAUUGAGGAACAACAUCCGGGAACGAUAAUUUAUAACACUGACCGUUUUUCUGGAUGGUCAAGUCUGGAAAACAUGUGGUAUCAAGUUCAGCAACUUGGCCAAGAUCUCUUAAAUGUUUCAAGUCAACAUCCUGAGGGAAUUCACUUAUUAGGUUAUUCACAAGGAGCUCUACUUUCUAGAACAAUUCUACAAACAUUUAACAAUCACAACGUCCACAAUUUUAUUUCACUUAGUGGUCCUCAAGCCGGUCAGUAUGGAACAAAUUUUUUACACCUCAUUUUCCCAGACUUGGCACUUAAAUCGGCUUUUGAAUUAUUCUACUCUAGAGUAGGCCAACACACCUCAGUCGGAAAUUAUUGGAAUGAUCCUUACCAUCAAACUCUUUACAAAGAAUAUUCACAGUAUUUGCCAUUCGUGAAUAAUGAAAUUAUUUCAAACAAGAGUGAGGAGUUCAAGAAGGGAAUAACUAAACUUAACACAAUGGUCUUAAUUGGCGGGCCUGAUGACAACGUGAUAACUCCUUGGGAGUCGAGCCAAUUUGGAUAUUUUGGAGAAAAUAAUACAGUAGUCAAUUUAAUUGACCGUGAUAUUUACAAAGAUGAUCUUAUUGGUCUGAAGACGUUAGAUAAGGCUGGAAAAUUAAAAAUCAUCACUGUUCCAGGUGUUAACCAUUUUAUGUGGCACCUCAAUACCUCAAUUGUUGAUAAUUAUAUUUUACCUUACCUUGAUUAAGUUAAGAAAACUCCAAAUUGUAGCCAAAAAAUUGAUAUUGAUACCAAAAAUGUCAUUGCUGAUUAUAGAUUUAAUAAAAUGGAAAAUAGUGU